GUGGGGAAAUAACACAGUCGAUGCACGCAUGGCCUCAUAUUCGCAGCAUGUCGUAAUCCAAAGAGGACUUGCAAAGACAGCGACUACAGAAUGGGGCCUGUCAAAAUAGUUGACGCCAAAGGUGCCGGCUUAACAGUUUAUGAGUGGGAUAAUGUCUACUUUCCCAACUGGCCCUGGUUAAAGGAUGCCCACUUGAAGGCCCUUCGCACCAUGCCGCUACGCGAGGACGACGUCUUCUUGUGUACCUAUCCCAAGUCAGGCACGCACUGGGCCCAUGAAAUCUUAGACAUGCUUCUCACAGGGAAAACAGAUAAGCACCAACUGCCCACCGCCCCUCUGGCUGGAAUGACCAUGGACUAUAUAGAGCACGAGCUAGCCUCUCCCAGAAUCUUCAACAACCACCUGUAUCCCAAACACAUGCCAGAGGGCGCCACAGACAAGGUGAAGGUCGUCUGUGUUUCUAGAAACCCCAAAGACAUCGCAGUAUCCAUGUACCACUUCAACAAGGUAUCUCCUGAAAUGGGCUACGAUGGCGAAUGGAGCGAUUUCCUUCCGCUUUUUCUUGAGGGAAAAGGCAUCUAUAACUCCUGGUGGGAGUACACCUUGCAGUGGUGGAACGCGGAGAAGAAGAAUCCAAAUAUCUUGUGGCUCACCUAUGAGGACAUGCAGGAGGAUUGUUUCCAUCAAAUCAAACGCGUGGAUCAGUUUCUGGACACAGGGAGAACCUUGGAUUUCAUGGAAACUGUCAACAAACGCUGUUCAUUCCAGUCUAUGACGAAAUCUCUCCAAGCACAGCACACGCGUUUCUUCAGAAAGGGUGAAGUUGGAGAUUGGAAAAACUGGUUCACUGUUGCCCAAAACGAGGAGUUUGACACCUUUCACCAACAGAAAAUGAAGAAUUCCGACUUCACUGUCAGAUUUGAACUUUGAUUUUCACCUUUCUUAAGUUUUACCAAUGCUUUGUAUCUAUUUACACGUUUCUUUAUUCACAUAAUGUAUUUAAUCGUUGCUUUAAGGCAAACUAUGCAUAUUGCAUUUUUUCACAAUUGUUAUAGCCUUUAACAUCAACAUUCCUGCGGGGAAUUCCAUAUAUUUAUCCUUUAUAGUCUGGAGAAAAGAUUUAUGUAAGAAAUAUGCACAUCUACUGAUAUGAAUAGAAUGAACAAUCGACAUCUUCUAACGUCGGUGACGGAGGUUUUAUAAUUGUAUGCACAAUCUUACCCUUCCAGCACAAGCUGCCCCACAUAAGACAUUCCUUAUGCGCUUUUUAUUUGAUGCGAAUUUCUUCGUAUCGACUGUUAUUUGUUAUUAUAGGCCUAUUAUGCAAGUUUACUGAUAUUUGUGUAUGAUCAUUCAUCGUGAAGGCUGUGCUAGUUUUAGAUAAAGCUUUGUGUAAUUGAGAAAGCAACAGAACUAGAAUCUUUUUUUAUUGUGUUUUGUUGUAAAGCAUGUGACAUGCAGGUGGAAAAGGACAAGUCAGACACAAUGGGACCGUUCACCAUGACUUUUGUCGACGUAGCUAAUGCGCACAACAGUAAAUCUACGGGACUCUUGCUGAAUACAAUCAGAUUAAAAGAUCA